AACGUUUAUCAUAUUUGAUGAUGCAAUCACGUAUUUUCACUUCGCGGUACGCAAGUUUGAAAAAACUUCCUGCCUUGGCUGGUUGUAACGUCGAGCAAGCCAUCUUUCAUAAAAAAUUAGUUAUAUAUGGAAAAAUAACCUAUAGAAAACUAGCACAAGUAUACCUUAUUUAUCAGAGCGUUUUCUCAGACUUGUCUCAGCUAAACUGUUACCUUCUUCAGCUUAAGGGAGACUAGCUAAAAUAGCUGCCAUUGCACUGGUUGUUGUUUUCGGUCAGAGGCCAUGAUGGCGUCGAGCUACAACGCGAAGGAGGAAGACGGUCACGUCGCCGUAUCUGGUGGUGGGACCAUCAAGAAUAAAAAGCCCGAAAACACAGCGUUUAAACAACAACGAUUACCUGCUUGGCAACCCAUUCUGACAGCUGGCACAGUUCUCCCAGCUUUCUUCGUUAUCGGUCUCAUCUUCAUCCCUAUUGGGAUCGGACUCUACGUCACGUCCAACAACAUCAAGGAGUUCGAGAUUGAUUAUACUGGGACUGACAUGUCCAGCCCAUGCUUCGACUGCUCCCAGAACUUUAGUUGGAACAGCACAAGACCAUGCACCUGUGCAUUGCCCUUCUCUCUGGAACAGCCUUUUGAAAGCAAUGUCUUUAUGUAUUAUGGCCUGUCCAACUUCUACCAAAAUCACCGGCGCUAUGUCAAGUCCAGGGAUGACAGCCAACUGAAUGGAGACCCCACCUCUCUAAUGAACCCUAGUAAGGAGUGUGAGCCCUACGCUCGCAAUGAAAAAAUGCCCAUUGCGCCAUGUGGUGCCAUCGCCAACAGCAUGUUUAAUGACACUUUGGAGCUGUAUUACAUUGACCCUAAUGGCACAAGAAUCCAAAUUCCUCUGAUGAAGAAGGGCAUCGCUUGGUGGACAGACAAGCAUGUGAAGUUCAGGAACCCAGGAGGCAACCCCAACCUCACAAGUGCUUUCCAAGGAACAACCAAGCCGAUCAACUGGCGCAAGCCUGUCUAUGAGCUGGACACAGACGCUGAAAAUAAUGGCUUCAUCAAUGAGGACUUUAUUGUGUGGAUGCGCACAGCUGCCCUCCCCACCUUCCGUAAGCUGUACCGUAUUAUCCAGAAGAAGAACAACAUGACGCCGACUCUUCCCCGGGGCAACUACACCCUGGAAGUCACCUACAACUAUCCUGUUCGUAGCUUUGAGGGGAGGAAGCGUGUGAUCCUGAGCACCAUCUCCUGGAUGGGGGGCAAGAACCCUUUCCUGGGCAUCGCCUACAUCACUGUGGGCUCCGUCUGCUUCUUCCUGGGGGUGGUCCUCCUCAUCAUCCACCACAAAUAUGGCAGCCGCAACAACAGUGCUGAUAUCUCUAACUAAAGAUGUCCUGUAUGUAUGUUGCAUGCUGGCUAGCAGAGGAAGCGUGCAUAACCAGAGGUGAAUUACAAGCUCUGGUGGUACCCUUGUGUCUGGCUUGUGUACUAUAUGUAAGAAUGGCCUGCUUGUCAACAGUGCUGUGCAAGUAUUGGAAGAGGAAAGAUGUCAGGUGAGAGUUCCGAUAAAGUAGAAGUUCUCUCGUAUUUAUUUUUCAUGGUCAGAAAGCUAUGCAGUUAUGUAGGCGGUUUUGCUGUGAAGUCGUUGUAUUGGCAGUAAGUUGAAAUUGAAUGACGCUACAUCGAUGUGAAAAUUCUAGUGCAGAUAAGUUUUAAUGUAGAAAUAUGUGUAUGUCAGUCAUAGAUGUUUACUUCUAUAUUAAUACAUUAUUUAAAAGAAUGUUUGAAUACAGUCAAGCAAAUCUGAACUGUCCUUUAGGUUAGAAUUGCUUCAAGAGUCAAGGCUGUAGACUUUUUCUUAGAAGUAUGUUGUGUGUUACAGUACAGUAGUUUGAGUCACAUUUUUCUGGUGUGUUUACACUGCAGAUAGGGGUCUAUAGAUUGCACAAGGAUGUGCACUCAUUUUCAGGUCAAGUAUUAUGGAUUGAUUGCAAUGUAUGUACUUCUAUUCUCAGUACAGUGGCUUGCAAAAGUAUUCACCCCCCUUGGUAUUUUUCCUAUUUUGUUGCCUUACAACCUGGAA